CGAGUGAAUCGAGUUUCACCCCAACUUCAACAAGGAAACUUGCUCUUUCUACUACUACUUCUGCUACCAUUUCUUUCAUUCUUCCUUGUCGUUUUAAGUUCUGUUGCUGUUCUUGCAGAGAACAGUCUGAGCUUUUAGCGGGAAAUUAACCGAUUAAAUAACUUCCCUUCUCAUUCAUGCAUGCCAGUUUGAAGUGAAAUAAAAAGUGAAUGGAGUUGCAUCCCAUCAUGAGUUCAAAGGGCAUGAACUCUCCGUCUGCCCAGUUUGUCACCCCAAGUAGAUUGGGAAUUUAUGAGCCCAUUCAUCAACUUGGCACAUGGGGGGGAAACAUUAAAAGUAAUGGCAAUCCGAGUACAUCAACACCUAUGAUUGUGGAGGUGGAUACAAAACUAGACACUCAGUCAGAGGAUACUUCACAUGGAACAUUCCCACCUUCUAACAAGUAUGAACAAGAAGCAAGUAAACCUGUUGAUAAGAUACAAAGACGUCUUGCACAGAACCGUGAAGCUGCUCGUAAAAGCCGGUUGCGGAAAAAGGCCUAUGUUCAGCAGCUUGAAUCUAGUAGAUUAAAGUUAGUUCAGUUGGAGCAGGAACUCGAGCGAGACAGACAACAGGGUUUGUACAUGGGUGGUGGAGUAGAAGGUUCUCAGAUUGGGUUCUCUGGACCUGUAAACUCAGGAAUUGCCGCGUUUGAGAUGGAGUAUGGACACUGGGUUGAAGAGCAAAAUAGGCAAAUUUGUGAACUGAGGUCUGCUCUGCAGGCCCAUAUUAGUGAUAUAGAGCUUCACAUACUAGUGGAGGGUGGCAUGAGUCACUAUUUUGAACUUUUCCGCUUGAAAUCCGCUGCUGCAAAAGACGAUGUUUUCUAUGUAAUGUCUGGCAUGUGGAAGACAGCAGCUGAACGGUUUUUCUUUUGGAUAGGAGGAUUUCGCCCAUCAGAGCUUCUUAAGGUUCUCCAUCCUCAUCUUGACACCUUGACGGAUUCGCAAUUUAUGGAUGUUAAUAACUUAAGACAAUCGUGUCAGCAAGCAGAAGAUGCUCUUUCACAAGGCAUGGAUAAAUUGCAGUCAACACUUGCUGAUACUGUAGCUGCUGGUCAACUGGUCGAAGGAGGUUGCAUCCCACGGAUACCCACUGCAAUGGAAAAGUUGGAAGCUCUAGUCAGCUUCGUGAACCAGGCUGACCAUCUUCGCCAGGAAACGCUACAGCAGAUGUUUCGAAUCCUAACAACUCGCCAGGCAGCUAGAGGCCUGCUUGCACUGGGAGAGUACUUCCAGCGGCUUAGAGCUUUGAGUUCAAUUUGGGCCACCCGUCCUCGUGAGCCUGCCUAAUCUAACACUGGGAAUAAAAAAAUCUACAAGCUCAAAAUCCCUAGAAGAUCACCGAUGUCCAAACAUUGUUUCACCAAUCAGAGGCAUGUGUGGACAUUGUUAUAAAACAUAAUCUGCAUGCAUUAUGUUACUGACAUUUUUUGAAGCAGCCGCAAGCGACCUGAGAAAUUGUAAAUAUAUAUAGUCUUUUAGCCGAAAGGAAGUUAAGUUUGUAAUUAAUUUUAUCAUCUUUUAAAGAAAAUAUUUGUGUUGUAUGUUUUGGAGUACCGUUGCAAUGUUGUCAUGUAAAAUCUUGUAGUUCAACAUUCUCUGUACUUGGCAUGUUUGUUACACAAAUUGUGUAUUUUGUAACGUUUUCGUGUUUCCGUAUGAGAAGAUAAUUGUUCUGGAAAUUCCGGUGUACAUUAAUAAAGAUUUGUUCAUUGA